GCAUCGUCGGAGGUAAACACUCGCACCAGCUGGUCGGCCAAACACCCGUGCGAAUGGAGGGAAUCUUAUACAAAUGGACUAAUUAUUGGAACGGAUGGCAGCCAAGAUGGUUUGUAUUAGAUCAGGGAGUUCUUGCUUACUACAAAUCACAAGAAGAAGUCAAUCAGGGUUCUAAAGGCUCGGUUAAAUUGUCAGCAUGUGAGAUCGUAGUUCAUCCAACAGAUACUAUGCGUAUAGAUAUAGUCAUUCCAUUUGAGCAACAUUUUUACCUCAAAGCACCAUCGCCCCAUGAGAGACAUGCCUGGCUUGUGGCUCUUGGUAGUGCCAAAGCCGGCAUACCUCCUGCCAUUCCGCAAGCCAAAGUAGAGAAGGGUAAGACUGAGCCUGAACGUGAUACUGUUAAAGUUAAAAAGUCGGAGUUGAGACUUACGUGUGACUUACUGAUGAAGCAAGUGUAUAGUGUGAAGACAGCUGCCAACAACCCGGAUGGACCAGAUCUUGAGAAACUAGAUGAAUCAACGGCUUUACUGACAGCAACAUGUGAUACAUUUAUUCGUACCUUGGAGGAGUGCAUGAAGUUAGCUAACACAUCCCCAACGCCACAGCUUUCCGGCGAUCCCCCAGUUCCUCCCAUUACUCUCCUCAAGGAGAGAAAAAGUUCUUCAUCCACACCUGUUGUUACCAGACAGAAUUCUGCAGAAAGGAGGACAGAGUAGCAGAUAAGGAGACCAAGAACAAGAAUUGAAUCCUGCAGCUUCAAUACAAAUGUACUGAAGAAAGUUCAAGUGCAACUUACAUCCUGAAUGAAAGCUUGAAGAAUGUGAAAAAAGAUUUAUUGGUAUAUGUGCAUUUUUUAUUUUUCAUUUAUUUUCUUUCUUUUUUUUGCAUUCUUUUCCUUUGUGGAAGCAGUGAUUUGGGGGUUUGACUUGUGUAUUUUUUUAUGUAUUAUUUAUAAUACUCUUAUUUGUUUAAGAUUUUAUUUUAUUUUGAUUAUAUAUUGUGAUUAGAUAUACUUACACAUACAGUAUGUAUGCACAGGCUUUCAUACAAACUCUGUAACAGACACAUAUACAUUUACACACACACACACACAUACACACAUAU